AUGACGUCACAAAAGACGUGUCAGUGGAAGGAGUAGACAGGACCGUGGAGGAGCAUGUUGAAAAAUGUCCGAUUACUUUAAUUUAUCAUAGUUGGAUGGACAGUGGUAAACAGAACGGUUUGUGUUGACUGGCGAGUGCGUCGAAUACCGGUGUCGGUACGUGAUUAUCGUCGGGUUUCCGUUUAUCACGUGGGCGAAAACGACAUUCAGUUUCCGACUAAUCAGACACGCCGACCAAAAUAUCUCGGAGAAAAAUAAAACUGCACGGGGUUGUUUUGUUCCUGUGGGAUUUGUCUAGACUGGCUUCGCGAUACGUAUAAUUACGCAGCGAACUACAACGUUGGAAACAUAGAUUGAAGGAUAUUUAAAUAUCAGAGGCCCCGGAGGACCAGGGCAACGAUGGAAGUUGUCAGACAGGAAUGAUAGAAUGCAAGAGGGUAGCACCGCCGUGGCGCUAGCGAUGGUGACUCCUGGUUACGAUCAGGACCCUGCAAGUGGGGUUGCCGAUUACACGACCCAUCAGGAUCAGGCUCAAUUCGAAGCAGACAAGAGGGCAGUAUACAAACACCCUCUUUUCCCUUUACUCGCAUUACUGUUCGAAAGAUGCGAACAAGCUACCCAGAGCUCGGACAACUCGACGUCCGAGAGCUUCAACAUGGACAUACAGGCCUUCGUCCAACACCAAGAAAGAGACCGAAAGCCCUUCUUGAUCAAUGACCCCGAAAUUGACGGUUUGAUGAUCAAGGCGAUACAGGUGCUGCGGAUUCACCUACUCGAAUUGGAAAAGGUGCAGGAGCUGUGCAAGGACUUUUGCAACAGGUACAUCACGUGCCUGAAGGGCAAGAUGCAGAGCGAAAAUCUGCUACGAAGCGAUUACAGCCACCAUGGACACGAUAUGGGUCCAUCGAGUGGCAGCAACGGCAGCAGUCCCUUGCAGGUGCUGUCUUCUACAGGCAAUGAUGUUGAGUCGGGAGCUAACGGAUUCAGAGUGAGCAGAGGCGACACCCUGUCGGAGAACGGUGCUGCGAGUCAGAUGGCUACGCAAGAAGAAACCGGUAACGACAGGCCGUCAUCGGCGCGAUCAUCUUCCACAGCUCAACGUUCGAACAGAUCCUCCAGCCAGGACCAUGACGAUCCUCUGUCGCCUUCCACGAUACACGGGAGCACGCCCCUCUCGCAAAUCGGGGCUCAUUCUUGUGCACCUGUCAACGAUAUGUAUCUUGGUCAAGAUGAUAUGGACUGUGUGAAUAUUGGCGACAGAAUAUAUUUAGAAGAGGCUGGCUAUUGGGGCCUUCUUGCGUUACAAGAACGUGAAAGUGAAUACGUCGAUGUGGGAGAUGCAAACGAUGAAAAGUAUUUUGAUAUCACUGUGGCUGGCUCCCCUUCGCCUGCGCCAAGCGAGGACGAAGACGAAGGAUGUGGCACUGGUACUGCUACUUCAAAUCACAGUAGUGGCCACGGAGGUAGUCAUAGCAGCACCAAGAAAGGAAGACAAAAACGAGGCGUCUUACCUAAACAAGCUACGAGCAUUAUGCGAACUUGGCUCUUUGAACACUUAGUUCAUCCCUACCCUACGGAGGACGAGAAGCGUCAGAUCGCAAGUCAGACGAACCUAACGUUGCUGCAAGUGAAUAACUGGUUCAUCAAUGCCCGUCGACGGAUUCUCCAGCCGAUGCUGGACGGUGCUGGGGCAGAUCCGGUGCAACGAGCAGGUGGAGGCAAACGUCACAAAGUAUCAAAACACGUAGUGCAACAACAACAAGUGCAGCAACAACAGACGGGCGGCUGGCAAUCCGAAGAAUCUGGCAGUGAUUCUGGCUCCAGCGACGGUGAGGGAGGUGCCGAUAGAUUGAAAGACGGUAACGAUAGCGACGAAGAUGAUCUUCACUGACCUCUGUCGAUCACCGAUUAUGUCAACUUCUUUACGAUAGAGCUAAGAAUCGUCAACUCGUAUCGCGAAUCACCUGGUACGGGACUAUACUGUACACCUUCGAUUAAGUAUAAUUAUAAAGUAGAUUAAGGAGGUAGGUUGUAAGGCUGAACCACGUAUACGUAUGUGCUGCGGCACCAGACGACUGUGAUAACUCGGUGGGCGGUGCCCAGCCUCCUACUUCAUACUUGUAUACUACUGAGGAUUAUGGAAUACUUAAAAAAAAUACGUGUACACAAUGACGUAAACAUGGAAACAGAACACACACACACACACUUAGGAGCAUUUAAAAUCGUUGAAUAUGUGUUGGAGCUUGCAUUGAAAGAACUUGGUCCACGGAUUUACAUGGAACGCUCUCGUUGCACUUUAAUGUAUAAUGUUUAUUUAAUUCAGAUACAAUUCAAAUAUAAUUAUGUAGAAUUUUCCUGUCGAAAUUGAAAGAUAUAUGUUGCAGUUUAAUUCGAAUUGGAAAAGAAAUUGGCAAUGGAGGUGCUAAUUUGACACAGGUAUAUUAUUUCGAAAACAUGUGAAUGAAAGUAGAAAGUACAUGAAUUUUCAUUCUUCCAGGUGCAUCCGAGUCCAUGUAUAAGGAUGGACCUCCAAAUAAACCUGUAAUGUUACUAUGUCUUAGCGGUUGAUGUGCAAGCUCUCUCUAAAGUAUUUAAGAAGAUAGGAAUGGGCCAAAAAGAGAAGACUAUAAGGACAAAUGAUUUUGUGCAACGAUCUUCUUUCAUUGAACUACUCGUUUGAUUGUCAGAAAUAUACUUUUCGAUUUUUAUAGCUUUAGAGAAUAUUCGACGAAACCUGUGAAUACUUGCGCCUGGCAGAUGCAUUCUGUGCGGGAUUAAAUGAAGUUCAUUCUGCUGCGUGAAUUUUAUAACUUCGUUAUGUUUUAGUUUUACACUUGUAAAGCGAAUCGAUUUUAAGUUUCGUAACUUUAUCGCGUUAUGAGUUUAUAUUGUAUACCGAUCGUUUUAUACUCUGUUAAAUUUUGUUACUUCGAGUGAUUAGAAUGGUUUAUAAGCGUGCGAAUGUUCCGAUCGAGCGAUUCGGAUAUUCUUCAACUCGCACGUGUAUCCAAAUUGCAAAUGUAAAAUACGCACAUACCAUUACGAAAAUAAGGACUUAACGAAGGUCCAUUCCUAACUUAAUUGACAUUUUAAGUCGUAAAUUAGACGUAUUACAUACUUACAUACAUACUAAAAAGGAAACAUAAGUAAACAAUUUGAAUACUUCUUUCUCGUGUACAUCAAGGUCCUGUUAAAUAAGUUGUUUAUUGAUAAUAAACGCCAUCACGCUUGCA